AGGCAACACAGGCCUCACUGUUUAUUAGCACAUUGUAAGGCACAGGGGCAGGAAGUGCUGUGUUACUGGAAGGCAGACAGGAUCUUUCCCACCAUGUCUACAGAUGAAAAUUUGCAGAAUUUCAUAAACAACGUUGAUGAAAUCACUGAUAUCAUACAAGAUUUAAACUCACUGGAUGAGUCACGCCAACAUGAGGCUUUCUUAAAAGCAGACAAAAAGCUUGCUCUGUUGAAGAGCAAGGAUGGUGAUGGAAUAAGGACAAAAACAAAUAGAACUGUCAUAAACGCAUCUCCUGAAGGAAUGUGUGGUAGUGCUCAUCAUGCCAACAAGGACUCCAUACAAAUGCAAGAAAACUUCCUUGAACAUCUAGAAAAGGAUGCUAAAGAACGAGCAGAAAGACGGAAAGAAAAAAAGGCAAUGGCAAAUGCUCUGAAAGAACUAGGAAAUGAGGCCUUCUCAAAAGGUGAUUAUGAGACAGCUGUGAAAUGCUAUAGUGAAGGGAUGGAGAAACUAAGAGACAUGCACGUUUUGUAUACCAACAGAGCUCAGGCCUAUAUCAAAUUGGAGAAAUAUGAAGAUGCUAUAACUGACUGUCAAUGGGCAUUAAAGUGCAAUGAAAAGUGUGCCAAGGCUUAUGUUCACAUGGGGAAGGCAUAUUUAGGACUGAAGGAAUACAGUGAGGCAAGAAAAUGUUAUCUGAAGUUACUGAACAUUGACCAAAAUCUUGAAAAAUUGGUAAAAGAUUAUAUUAAUGAGACAGAUUUAAAUGAAGCAAACUUCAAACAGGAGCAGGAUGCUUUGGAGGAACUGAGAGUGGCAAGGGAAGAUGCAGUGUCUGUGACUCAGCUGCUUCAGAAACUCUCCAAAGCAGAUCAGAUUCCUUUAUACUAUUCAGGAGGCAUCAGACUACUAACUGAAGUAGUUAAGGACUGUACUGAACAGACCUUAUUCCGAAUGAAUGGAGGAUUCAGUAUAAUAGGAGAGAACAAGAUAAUUCUAAGGAGUCUGGAUGCAGCACAAGCAGAUGCUGUUCAGAUAGAUCUCUGCGAGUCUUCCCUUAAUUUGUGGAAAACAGUCUGCUGUGGAAAUGAAGAAAACCAGCGCUUGUUUAUCAGCCAUACCAGUGUGGGUGAAAAGAUUCCUUCUCUACUGUCCUGUCAGGUUCCUGAGAUCCAAAGCAAGACAUUGGCUCUCAUCGGUGUCUUUUUUGUCUCAGAUUAUGGAAGAUCACUGCUAAUGCAAAGUAUUAAUCCACACAGGUUGCUGCAAAUCCUACUGGAAUGUGUGAGACUUUCAGAUGGAAGAGCAAGUGCUGCUAUGGAAAUACUGCAGAGUUUAUCACAGGAUGAAAAGGUGAAAACCUGUUUUAGGACUAACUUUUCUUCUGCUUCUCUGCCUUCCUUUACACAUAUACUGAGGUCAUCAAAUAUGGUCAGUAGAGAAGUGGUUCUUCAGUGCAUCGGCCUGCUAGGUCACUUAAUAGAGGAUGUGAAUAUUAGGAGUCAGGCGUCUGAAUCACCAGAAUGCUGGGAUGCCUGUAUCAUUUUUUUGGAAGAGUGCAGCUUGUUAGUUGCUGAAGAUGAAAAAAGCCAAUUUUUAUCUGCAAUACUUGGACUCAUGCUAAACUUGUCCUUAGAGAUGAAUUCGACUAUUCAGGAACGAGGAAUUGCAAUUAGCAACAAAUGCCUGAACAUUCUGAACACUAAAGAUGGUCCAGUCCUGACAAGAUGUGUGGGCAUUCUAAGCCGUGUUCUUCCACAAUGCACUGCAGCUGUGGAACAGGCAGUGCAAAGAGGCAUUAUUAAGAAGCUUGUUAAAGUGCUAAAGGCAGGUGGAAAGAGAACAUCUGUUUUUGCUGCAAAGGUUCUUGCUGUGUGCACUAAAGUUGAUUCUGUGGCAAAGAAGGAUUUGAUGAAGUAUGAUAAACAAUUUGGAACCUUGCUUAGUCUUUUGCAUUCUGAGGAUGAGACCAUCGUUGGCAACACAGCUCUCUGCUUGGGAAUCUGUUUUGAGUUUCCUGGUGCAGCCUCCUCUCUGUUACAGUCUGAUAUCCUGAAACUACUUCUGACCCAUGCUGCUGGGGAUGCACAAAGGACUACAGUACAGCAGAAUGCUGCUAUAGCAUUGGGAAAACUGUGUACUGCAGAGCCAAGAUACAUGACCCAACUCCGCCAACUUAAUGGAAUAGAGAUUCUCCAUUCUUGCAUGAAAUAUAUGAAAUCAUUUUGACAUUUUUGUUUGUUAUAUCACAGUAGUAUUAAUGGCCAUGGCAGAAUAAGGACACUUUUUAAAAAAUUUAUGUGGGACCUGUUAUCCAGAAUGUUCGGGACCUGGGGUUUUCCAGAUAACAGAUAUUUUCGUAAUUUGGAUCUUCAUACCUUAAAAGGAUUCUGUCAUGAUUUUUUAGUUGUUAUUUCUAAAUCACACUGUUUACGCUGCAAAUAAUUCACUCUACCAUAUUAAAUUUCAUUCCUGAACC